AUUUUUUUGAUGUACAUUUUUGUUUGAUUCGUCUGAUUUGAAUUCAUUCAGUGGUAAAUACAGAUGUGGGAUCGGUUUCGUUUUCUGGAUUGUUAGGCCAUUGUGUAUAGGAGGAUUUCUACUUUCUAUUUCUACCAAUUAAUUGAAUUUAUUCGAUUUCGUAUGAUACGCCAAGCUGAGCCACCUCUUUGUGGAGUUGUGCUUUGGUUGUGUCUUAAAUCUCAGAUGGAUGUGUGAGAUCCUUGAGAAGAUCUCGGCUUCCUCUAUGUUUCUGAGCUUUUGGUAUCAAGAUAUAGGCCCCCAUUUGAUUGGGGGAUUGAGGGGUUGAUGUGGUUCUGGAAUACAUCAUUGGCUUCGUUGCUUAUGGUUGAUUGGGCUGAAAUAUGGUUACGAGUCAUGACCAACGGAAUGCAGAGCGUGGGUGAAUGUUCAAGCUCAACUUCCUUAAGCAGUCAGCAGGAUUUGGAAGAUGACCGAAUGAUUGCUGUUGUACUGUCGGAAGAGUUUGCUAAGUUAGAUGGUGCAGUUGGUAGACGCCUUGCCAGUCUGGAACCUGUUCGUCAUGUCCCGCGGAUAAAUUUCUAUAUCCCUAACUUGAGUGAUGCAAGUUUGGAUCACCAACGAUUGCAGCAAAGGCUAAAUGUUUACAGGUUAUAUGAAGUGAAGGUCUCUGGAGAUGGAAAUUGUCAGUUUCGUGCACUCUCAGACCAGAUGUACAAGUCACCUGAAUAUCACAAGCAUGUUCGCAAAGAAAUUGUGAAACAGCUAAAGGACUACCGAUCUCUGUAUGAAGGCUAUGUCCCAAUGAAGUACAAGCGCUAUUACAAGAAGAUGGCAAAGUCUGGUGAAUGGGGUGACCAUAUUACCUUACAAGCUGCAGCUGAUAGGUUUGCAGCAAAGAUAUGUCUCUUGACUUCAUUCAGAGACACCUGUUUUAUUGAAAUAAUCCCUCAAUACCAGGCACCCAAACGAGAGCUGUGGUUGAGUUUCUGGUCUGAGGUACAUUACAAUUCACUAUAUGAAAUCAAAGAUGCUCCAAUUCGGCAGAAGCCAAGGAAGAAACACUGGUUGUUCUAGAGGCAGAUUAAUGAUUUUUGGACAGCAUUAAGGAGCCUUUGAAAAUUUUUAUAAUGUGCAUAUUUUCCUUAGAUGGUUUCAUUUUGUUAUUUUCCUGAUAAAGUUCAUGUAUUAUAGAUAUUCAGAUUGGAUGACAGAACAAAAUGAAAAGUACUGAUGUUGAAAUCUAUUAAAUAUUACAUUUUAUUCUUUAA